AUGCCGAACAAUCGCAACUAUGACUUUCUGAUCAAGCUCCUCCUCAUCGGCGACUCGGGCGUCGGCAAGUCGUGCUGCUUGCUGCGCUUCAGCGAGGACUCCUUCACGCCGUCCUUCAUCACCACCAUCGGCAUUGACUUCAAGAUCCGCACCAUUGAGCUCGACGGAAAGCGCGUCAAGCUGCAGAUCUGGGAUACCGCCGGCCAGGAGCGCUUCCGCACAAUCACUACCGCCUACUACCGCGGCGCCAUGGGCAUCCUCCUCGUCUACGAUGUCACCGACGAACGCUCCUUUAACAGUGCGUUGACUUGGAUCGCCUUAUCUUCCUAUAUGCUAACCAUCACAGAUAUUCGCACGUGGUUCCAAAACGUCGAGCAGCACGCCACCGAGGGCGUCAACAAGAUCCUCAUCGGCAACAAGUGCGACUGGGAGGACAAGCGCGUCAUUUCCCAGGAGCAGGGCCAGGCCCUCGCCGACGAGCUCGGCAUCCCUUUCCUCGAAGUCUCCGCCAAGAGCAACAUCAACAUCGACAAGGCCUUUUACUCCCUCGCCGCCGACAUCAAGAAGAGACUGGUCGACAACUCCAAGAACGAGGUCGGCGCGACUGGUGGCGUCAACGUCGGCGAUAAGGCCGACGGCGGCAUGGGCAGCAAGUGCUGCUAA